UUAACAACCGCAAUGCAAUGUUGUAACAAAAAUAAAUAAUUUAGGAUAGGUACCUAAAUGAAAAACGGAAAUAAACUGAACAGAUUUCGUCUUACAAAAAAUGGGAACUCAGUUGUUUAUACACGUAAUACAGUAAUUAAGGGAAUAUGAAUUAGGUAAUUGAAGAAAAGAUAAAAAUAAAUGUUGUUUAUUUAUAUUUAAUAGAAGUAAGUUUUAAAAAGUACAAUGAUCAGAAAGAACGAUAUAUUAACAUUGCACAAGUACCUUAUCGUCUUCUUCACUUGUCUAUAUUUCUUCGAGUAUUAUGACUAUCAAAAUCCCGAGCCGCCGAUCGUCCGAAUUGCCGAUCCAAAAUUCUCCUUACUCGGCCCCUACAAUGCGACAUUACCGGCUACAGACGAUGUCUACAGGCAACUGAUUGACAUAAAAGACUUUAAAUUCCUCUUGAACCCAGAUCCUUGCAAGGAAUACUCUUCAGGCCUACUCCUCAUAGUGUUAGUAUCUUCAAAACCCACAAAUUAUCAGCACCGAAUGGUAAUUCGAAAUACUUGGGGUCGUAAAAUAGAUUCUACCAAAGUAUUAUUCUUGCUUGGUGAACAGAACAAAAGCUCUGGAACAUUUCAUGAUACGUACAACGAGAGUGCCAUUUACGGUGACGUGAUAUUAGGUAACUUUAUAGAUGCGUAUCACAACAUGACAUAUAAACAUGUGAUGGGUUUAAAAUGGGUCGCUCAUCAUUGUCCCGCUGCGAAAUAUGUUUUGAAGACUGAUGAUGAUAUGGUGGUGAAUUCGCACGGGUUGAGGAUGUUUUUGGCCCGACAAUUGUCUCCAUGGGGCGCGAGAGGGCUGAUGACUUGUCAACUGCUGGAACAUACACUGGUUCAGAGGUCAAGCAGGUCAAAGUGGAGGGUUUCUGUUGAGGAAUUCCCGGAUCGAUAUUAUCCUGCUUAUUGUGCAGGAUGGGCUAUAUUAUAUUCUCAGGAUGUCGUCCACAAGCUUCUCAGAAUCGCCCAGUCCAUCCCCCAGUUCUGGAUCGACGAUGUCCACAUCACAGGAACAUGUGCCCAGAUGGCUGGCAUCACCGUCACUCCGUUAAAAAGCCUAAUUUUGACAAUACCUCGGGCAGCGGUCCUGACUUCAUUGGGCCCAAAUUUUGUUAGUGAAUUUUUGUUCGGACCAACUGAUAUUUCACCAAAAAGGAUGACCAAGAUAUGGAAAGCCAUUCCCAGUAGAGUUGGAUAAUGUGGCUGUUCUUUCUUUGAUAUGUGAUUAGCCAAGGAUUAGGAGAGGAUCUGGUGAAAGCUUUACCCUUGGUUCACUCUUCCAAUGUUUGUCCAAAUUGCUUUGUGGGUAAUGAAAGUUGGACUGUAUGUGGACAGAAACGACUCUGUUUUCUCUCAAAUAUAAGAAAAAAACAUAGAUGAAAAGGCCUGUUGCCUAAUAUAUUACAUACAUGUAUACAUACAUAUGGUCACGUCUAUAUCUCUUGCGGGGUAGACAGAGCCAACAGUCCUGAAAAGACUGAAUGGCCAUGUUCAGCUAUUUGGCUUGAUGAUAGAAUUGAGAUUCAAAUAGUAACAGGUUGCUGGCCCAUCGCCUAAAAAAGAAUCCCAAGUUUGUAAACCUAUCCCUUAGUCGCCUUUUACGACAUCCAUGGAAAAGAGAUGGAAUGGUCCAAUUCUUUUUUGUAUUUGUGCCGGGAACCACACGGCACGUCUAAUAUACUGUUGAAGAGAAAUGAUUUCUUCGAACUGGUCAUAGGGAAAAUGGCCGUCAGUGAUCAGUUUCAGAGCCCUAAGAGGGAUGCCUUUGGUUUUGGUUACAUUAGUGUGAGGUCGGGGAGUGAGCGAGUUACAAGUUUCCGGUCCAAUUUUCGUGAACGCGUGAAAAUGUGAAUCUAAUCCAGAUUUUUUUGCCAUCCAAACUAAUAUUAUAAAUGCGAAUGUAAGUUUAUUUGUUUGUUUGUUACCUCUUCAUCAGGUUAUCUACUGGAUUAAUCUUCUUGAAAAUAUCACUUAUAUAUAAUUAAGAAUCUGUAGAAAAAAAAAAAAAAAUUAUUCUAAAUUAUUCUAUUUAUUCUAAUUCGAAAAGAUUUGACAAUUAUUGAGCGAAAUGAAAAUUUUGAAUUUGAAUUUGUAGAAGGUCAUUAGGUUACCUUUCAUCCCGGUAAAAACUAUAGUUCCCAUGGGAUUUGCGAUAAACCUGUAUUAUUUCAUUAGUUAUGAAUGUGGAUGAAGCGAAGGAAGUAUGCAGAGAUCGUGGCAAGUGGAAAGAGGUAGUCUCUGCCUACCCCUCAGGGAAAGAGGCGUGAUUUUAUGUAUGUAUGUAUGUAUUUCAUAGGUGGCGCUAAAUUUGUCGCUUUUUGUAGGUUGCGUUUAAUUCGUUGCUUUUUAAAGGUGGUGCUAAUUUUGUCGUUUUCUUUCUUAGAUGGCGUUAAAUUAUUAUUCGUCGCUUUUUGUAGAUGGCGCUAAAUCCACGCGGGCGAAGCUGCGGGUAAAAGCUAGUUAAUUAUAAAAAUAACAUACAUAGUG